CGGCCGGAGCUCCCCGGUGCACGGCCCACCGCCUCUCCCCGCCUGGGGACGCUUGGUAGCGUUUAGUGUCUGUUUCAGCUUCAAGUGGAAAAUGGGAAAGUAGUUGUGAGGAUCGAGUGGGUUGGUAUCUAGGAAGUGUGUAGAAUUGGAGCACGAUACACAGUGAAACUGUUUUGAGCCUGGUUGUCUGUAAAGACUGAUUCCCUUUCCUUUUCCACUGACCCCGGAAAAGGCGGAUCAUAUUUUUUGGGUUUUUAUUUGUAUAGUCUGUUUAAAACAAACUUUUCAAACAAGUUAUUUACCCAUCCUAAUCUAGAAGGGGGAAAAAGAUGUUAGGUGCUGCUGAUGUUUGAAAACUGUAGUUUUAAGUAUGGAAAACUAUGAAAAAAAUGGACAGCAUAAAUAUUUGUGUUGAAGAGUUAACAAAGCAGGCCUGAGACUGCUACCCUACUUUGAAAGGUCUGCUUGCAACCUUGGCCCUCCUUGGGUCUCAGGGAACUUGGGUUUGGGAAGUGUUUUGACCUGAGGACUAUUAGUUUAUGCUUAAUACUAUGUUUCAUUCUGAAAUUAUCAGCUUCAUAAAAAUCCUGGGCUUCAGGUUUUUCACAGACUUCCCUGGCCAGAGGCAUUGGCUACAUGUUGUUGCAUAUUCUUUGCUGCAAGGGAAAGUGCUGUGUUAAAGCUAACCCUAACCUCACCUGCAAAGGAAGCAGGGUAAGGAACCCUGUAUGUACAAGAUCCUCUAGACUCCCCCUGUUCUCCAUUGUGAUUCAUUGUAUAUAUUCAUACAGCAUUGCUAAUAAAUGUCAGCUGUGAGUACAACUGAGCCGAGUCCUGUGAAUCCUUCUGGCCACUCCAAAUUCGGGAAGUGAAGGAGGUGUCUUGAAGAUUCCCAGACAAAAUUUUGAUGACAAGAAGUUUUUUAGUAAGUAACAGAUGAGGGUGAAAGAUCCAUCCAAAGCUCCACCUGAGAAAGAAAAAAGAAAUAGAAAGCCUUCAAUACUUUAUGAUGAAGAUUCUUCAGAUGACAUUACUGAUUUAACUUGCCAACAUGUAAGCCAUGCUGUCAGUGUGAAUCAUGUGAAGAAAGCAAUAGCUGAGAAUCUGUGGUCAGUUUGUUCAGAAUGUUUAAAAGAAAGAAGGUUUUACGAUGGACAACCAGUAUUUCCUUCAGAUAUUUGGUUGUGCCUUAAGUGUGGUUUUCAGGGAUGUGGCAGAAAUUCAGAAAAUCAGCAUUCCCUGAAGCACUUCAAGAGUUCCAGGCCAGAGUCUCACUGUAUUAUAAUUAAUCUUAGCACAUGGAUUAUAUGGUGUUACGAGUGUGAUGAAAAAUUAUCAACACAUUGCAAUAAGAAGGUUUUGGCCCAGGUAGUUGAUUUACUUCAGAAACAUGUUUCUAAAGCACAAACAAGUACAUUUUCUAGAAUCAUAAAACUUUGUGAAGAAAAACGUGAAUCAAGUGAAAUAAAGAAAGGAGGAAAAAGUAGCAAUGUUCCAUCUGUAAAAGGAAUUACAAAUUUAGGAAAUACCUGCUUCUUUAAUGCAGUCAUUCAGAACCUGGCACAGACUUAUAUUCUUAUUGAACUAAUGAAUGAGAUACAAGAAGAUGGUACAAAAUUAAAGAUCUCUCCUUCCACCGAUUCUCAGCUGGACCCAUUAUCUGUGGAACUUUCAAGCCCUGGACCUCUGACCUCAGCCUUGCUCCUUUUUCUUCACAGCAUGACAGAGACUGAAAGGGGACCACUUUCUCCCAAAGUUCUUUUUAACCAGCUUUGUCAGAAGGCUCCUCGAUUUAAAGAUUUCCAACAACAGGAUAGUCAGGAGCUUCUUCAUUAUUUGUUGGAUGCUGUGAGGACAGAAGAAAAAAAGAGAAUACAAGCUAGCAUUCUCAAAGCAUUUAACAACCCCACUACUAAAACUGCUGAUGAUGAAACUAGAAAGAAAGUCAAAGAUAUGACUUUUACAGCAUAUGGAAAAGAAGGUGUGAAAAUGAACUUCAUAGACCGGAUCUUUAUUGGUGAAUUAACUAGCACAGUCAUGUGUGAAGAAUGUGCAAAUAUCUCCACAGUGAAAGAUCCUUUUAUUGAUAUUUCACUUCCUAUAAUAGAAGAAAGGGUUUCAAAACCUGUAUUUCUGGGAAAAGUGAAUAAACAUAGAAGCUUGCAGGAGGCAGACCAUGGUCAGUGCAGUGGUGCUGAUGCUGUAGAAAAUGCUCAGUCUAAAGCUGCCAACAAGCAGCCUUCCUCUGAGGAUAAGAGCCACGACAGAGGACCGGGGAGAAGGCUGUCGUCCGGAGAGGAGACGGGCCUCCAUCGGAGGGGCGCCAGCCCACGGCGGGGCGCCAGGCCCCCCGAGAACGAGAGCCCCAGUGACGGCAGCGGGCCGGCGGCCUGCGCGCCCGAGAGCAGCAGCGCGGACGCGGACAGCGAGGCCUCGGAGUGGGAGGGCUGCGCCCCGCCGCGGCGCCCUGCGGGGGCCCGAGCCGCGGAGCCGGAGCCGGGGCCGGAGCCGGGGCCGGGGCCGGGCAGCAGCGACGAGGGCGCGGCCGGCCUCUCCGGGCUGUGUCUGAGCAGCGCCCCCGCUGGAGCCGCGGGGUCUGACGCGGAGAGCCCGGCGCCGAGGGCUCCGGGGGCUUUUCCCGGGGAGCCGGGGCGCAGGGCCCGGAGCCCCCAGGCUGCUUUCCAGACCCUGUCCCAGAGCUACGCGGCGGCGUCCAGGGAGUGCUCGGUGCAGUCCUGCCUGCACCAGUUCACAGCCGUGGAGCUGCUGAUGGGCAACAACAGGCUGCUGUGCGAGAACUGCACCGGGAGGGAGCGGCGGCAGCGCCCCCAGGCCGGCUCUGCAGAAAAGAAAGAGGGAGUUUACACUACCGCCAGGAAGCAGUUGCUCAUUUCUGCCGUUCCAGCUAUCCUAAUUCUCCACCUUAAAAGAUUCCAUCAGGCUGGCAUGAGUCUUCGUAAAGUAAACAGACAUGUAGAUUUUCCACUUAUGCUUGAUUUAGCACCAUUCUGUUCUGCUACCUGUAAGAAUGUAAAUAUGGGAGAUAAAGUUCUCUAUGAUCUCUAUGGCAUAGUGGAACACAGUGGCUCAAUGAGAGGAGGUCAUUACACUGCGUACGUGAAAGUGAGACUGCCCUCCAGGAAACUCUUGGAACACAUCACUGGAAAGAAAAGCAUAACUGGUUUGAAAGAACUUGAUAGUGAAUCAGGAGGCCAGUGGGUCCAUGUUAGUGACACUUACGUGCAAGUGGUUCCAGAAUCAAGAGCGCUUUGUGCACAAGCUUACCUUCUUUUUUAUGAAAGAAUAUUAUAAUCAUUUGUUAAUUGUUAGUUAGCUUAUUUUUAUUUGAAUGCUGCAAUGAUAACCAUAACAGGUAACGUGCCUUUGUAAUCUUAGUCCCUCUUCUGUAGGAAGAGCAUAUUUCUCAAAAAAUGCCCUCUCUUUUUUUAAUUUGGAGAAUGCUUUUAAAGUUAGUAAAAUUUACUGAAUACUUUCAGAUUAACAUCUUAAACAUAAAGACUUCGUUUUUCAAAAAUUUCUGCUGGGGACAAAUUUACAGUAAUAGAAUAAACACCUUUAUGGCUAUGGUUCAUCAUUAUAAGCAUUCAGAAAUGAUCCUGGCUAAAUAAAAUUAUUCCUUAAUGCAAUAUUUCUGAAAGGUGAUAUCACCUUCCUGAUCGCAUAUAAUAUAUCCUGUGCCAUUAUUUACUUAUUUUUUUAAACAUUUUAGCUUUUCAUGACUUAACCAUGUUAUAAACAAAUACAUUUCACAUUUUAUAUGCCUGUUAUUUUUCAUAAUAAAUAUUAAAUUUAUAACUGUUAAAGAGAAAAUACUCAUCCAUAUACCAUUCUAUUUAAAAAUCAUUUCAUGGGACCAGGGAUUUAGCUCAGUGGCAUAAGCACUUGCCUUGUAAGUACACAGUUGUGAGUUUGAUCCCUGGUACCAAAAAAAAAAAAAAAAAAAAAAAAAAUCAUCUCAGGGAUAUCCUGUAGUAAAUGUGUAUUACUACUUGGGAAACAUUGCUAUACCUAAGUGAAAUAAUGCUAGUUACCAUGUCAUAUUUUGUAUAAUUCAAGCAUAUAAACAGUGUCAUUGUAAUUUCAGUAUUGUGGGGUUUACAAGUAAUUAUUGCAUAGCUUAUUACUUUCAGGUUUUGAAAAUAUUGAAACAUUUUAUAAACAUAACUUCUGCAGCCUAUUCAUGGAAGUUAGAUGAUAUAUUAAGUGGUUGGCCAAGAUCAAAAUACAAUUACAGAUAAUUGUAACAUACAGAAUUGGUAAACAGAAAUUGAUAAUCUACGUGGCACCAUAGGAUAUCUUUAAAAUAUAAGUUACCAAAUUAUAUUUGUAAAUGAUAUAGAAUUAUAUUCUUAUACUUACAGAAAAAUAAAGUACAUUUUCUACUUCUGUAUUUCAGUAUAUAUUAAACAUUGUUUUAGGGUAUAGAGAUCAUUUGUGUAUGUGUCUUAAGCAUCAUUGAAAAUUUCAAGAGAAUUUAGCUCUUACUUUACUGGAGCACAGAGUAGGCAUUUCUGUUUAAAAUAACAGCAAAAAUGUGGUAGUUCCCCUUUUUUAGAAUACAAAUUAUUAAACUGACAAAAGUUAGUUUGAGCCGGGUAUGGUGGCUCAUGCCUAUAAUCCCAGCACCCGGGAGGCUGAGUCAGGAGGAUCGUUGAGAGUUCGAGAUUAGCCUGAGCUACAAAGUGAUCUCAAAGCCAGCCUGAACUGCAUAGCGAGACCCUGUCUCAAAAAGACAAAAAUAAAAAAGGCUUGAAAUAUACUAUUGCUUAGGCUUGCAUUUCAAAAAAUCAUGGGUACUUCAGGAUCAUAUUAUUGAAUCAAAACAUAACUGCAUGGUUCAAGCAUCUUAAUCAUUAUUGCCAAUGGAUUAUACUACAGGCAAGGAUUGGACAAUUUCCUAGGAAGGGAAGAAGGAAUGUAUAUACUGUGUGGAAUGUAUAUACUGUUGUAUAUACUGUGUGGAAAUAUUAACCAAUCCUGAUCCUCUGUAAAAAGCAAUUCUAUAAUUCUGUAUAUAUAUAUUAUAAUAUAUAUUUGUUCAUUACAAUCUUACAUAUAUAUUUAUAUAUUAUAAUUCUAUAAUUCUGUGUAUAUAUAUUAUUGUCAAGGUUACCAGUGUUGCCUUUUGAUAUAUGGGUAAAUGAAAUUAUAAUUAGUAUUAAAGAUAGUAAUAGUAUAUAAGAUGUAGAGCUUUAAGAUGUCAUUGCAUAAAUUCUAUUUUUAAGGUGUCAAAAUUUCUAUAAUAGCAUUUUUCUUGAUUUUUAACAAUGAAAAUGAAGAAAUAUAUCUUGGUUAAUUUGCAAAGGCAAGUCGUUCAUGGAAAAGGUAGUUUUUUUUGUUGGGUGUUGUGGUGCAUUCCUGUAAUCUUAGCACUCAGGAGUUUGAGGCAGGAGGGUCACUGUAAGUUCAAGGCCAGCCUGAAAUACAUAUCGAGACCCUGUCUCAAAAAAACCAAAAUAAUAAGUAAAAGGUAGCAUUUAGUAGUUUCUGUUUAACUGUAAUCAGUAAUUGAAAAUUUCAGUAUCAAAGCAAUGUAUUUUCUGAAAAAUACUAAUUUCUUUAUUCAAAUAAGCCAUCCUGGUAAUAGCAGUUAUCAGCUUAUUCCCUUCAACAAAUGUAAAUAAUACUGCCUCACUUUUCUCCUAGAAAAGAUUAUUAAGAAGUAUGCACUUUUCAUUGGAUGGGCACUUGUCUGUCAUUUCAGAUAUCUAGCUAGAGACCCAUACUUCAUGUGAGGAUAUUUAUUUUACCAUGUUUUAAGAUGGAAAGACCUGUGCAAAUUUUAGACAUUAUUCUAGAGCAGUGGUGGGGAAUCUUUUAGAGACCGAGUGCCUAAACUGCAACUGAAAACCCACCUAUUUAUUGCAAAGUGCCAACACUGCAGUUAAACCUGAAUACUGCGGUUUAUACUGAUGCUACGCUUCUGCAGUGGCUGGGCUGUGGUGCCUUGUAGAAAGGGGUUCUGCGGCGUAUGGGGCACAGGUUUGCCCUCAGUCUUCCAGAGUAGUAAAUGAGCUAACUCAGAAACUUACUUUUUUUUGGCCUAGAAUUUAUGAAUGGAUAUUUCUUGUCAUCUGAAAAUAAAAACAUUUGAUUUUUGAUACCUAGGAAUUUCUUAAAUAUGGCUUUUGUAGUAGAGAAAGCAUGUUAAACUACACAUUACUCUGUAUUUAAAUUUUGCUUUUAUUUUGAAGUUUUCCAAAGUAAACUUGCAGUGUUAUUAAUGAGGCUACUGUAAUAACAAUAGUAUCCAGAUUACCUCAGGAAAUAGUACAAAUAAAUGAAUGUUUACAGAUCAUCCACACAAUGAUCAGUGUUUGGCUGAGUGAAUUUAAGAAGUAAAACAAAGACAUUUCACUGUUGACAAAGUGGUUUACAGAGUAUGUUGGGGUCAGUUCUCUCUAGUUUUUCCAUAUUUAAAAUUAUAAAAUUUUAAUUGUGUCAACUAGAUAACUAUUUUUGACAUAACCAAACAGAUCUAUACUUAAUAUUUUGUCAUUUAAUAUUUUUAAAAGUUAUAUGAAGACCAUCUUUUUAGGUGGCCAAGGAGAGUAUUGUGUAUCAAAAGAAUAGUUGAUAUACCAGGAGCUAUUUUACUAUUUAAUAGCUUAGCUCACAUGUGAUGACUUCACACAUGCAUUGUGAUUUUAUGCAGUAGUUGAAUAAAAUCUUCUAAAGAUUAAGCUGUGAAAUGUAUCCUUUGCAUCUAGUUUUUGUAGUUAAAAAAAACCCAUCCUUCCUACUUUUUAAAAUUUUAUAUUUGUAAUUGUCUUUCUGCAUGAUUCCUGAUCAAAUAAGCCUACACCAAAUUAUGUGCAAUAGACUUAAACCUUUAAAUAGUAUGCAAUGUUUUAAGACUAUUUAUUUAAAAUAAUUUUGUUUGCAUAGCAAUCAAUUCAAGUGAGUUUAAAGAUAGAUGACUAUAUUUCCAAUUUUGAGUAAUUAACUCAUGUCAUUCCUACUGUGUUAGCCUUCCAUUUUGCAGUGAUUUUAGAAAAUAGCUGUGUAAUUUAUUGAGCAUUAUUUUGGUGUUACUGUAUAAACAUAAUAAAUAUUAAAUUCUUAUUUAUCUUA